GCAUGUUUGAUAAUGCUGUUGGUUUCUACAUUUGGAAUCAACCUAUCAGAGAUUAAAGAUUGGGCUGGUUCCACCAUCAUAGCAGCUCCCCGUAACAUUUGCCUAGUUCCAGUUUGUGCGAUAUCGCCAAAAUAAAAAAAUUGGUGGAUUUGAAAAAAUACUUAAAGUGCCAGGUUGUUACCACAUUACACAGUAUCUGCUGUUGGCCGACUGCAAAAUGGACUCGUUCAGUAGGACUCUCCAAACUGACAGCCACGGAAAAGCCUCCACCAUUAAACUAUUUUCGUUCGCUCGUCCUCAUAUGCGAGCACUUCAUCUGGGAUGGAUUUCAUUUAUGACAGCUUUCCUCGCCUGGUACUCUAUACCUCCUCUAAUAUCAAUCAUUCAAGCUGAUCUAGGCUUGUCUGCUACCGAUGUUUACGAUUCUAAUGUGGUGGCAGUCGCAGCGACCAUAGCGGCUCGCUUGUUUGUGGGUCCGCUCUGCGAGCGUUUUGGACCAAGAAAGGUGAUGGCCGGUCUGCUUCUAGUUGGAGCGAUACCGACGGCCAUGGUAGGAUUAGUCAAAACGGCAGGUGGCUUAAUUGCCUUGAGGUUCUUUAUUGGUAUUUUAGGUGCCACAUUUGUUCCAUGCCAAUUUUGGGCAACCCAAAUGUUCUCCUCCAAUGUGGUCGGCACAGCUAAUGCUCUAGCUGGCGGAUGGGGUAAUUCCCACAUACCUAAUAGUACAGCUUGGAAGGCUGUGUACAUUAUACCAGCAGGAAUGUGUAUUCUUGUUAGCUUAGUUGAUAUCUUCUUCUCCGAUGAUUGCCCUGAAGGAAAAUGGCAUAGCGUUCGUCAAGUUCCCAAUGAUCAAGUUCCUCCUCCGGUAGAUGUUAAAAAUGAAGAUAUGGAAAAGAUGCCACAGGUGGCUGUGUAUGAAGAUGUUGAUAACACGGACGACGACACUAUUUCCUUGUCCUCGGUCAACUCUCACAAAACCUUUGCAACCUCAGUAGCUGUGUUCUUCAAGACACUGAUUCGACCUCCCGUGUUGAUUUUACUGAUCCAAUACGCUUGCUCGUUUGGUUUAGAAUUGAGUGUUGACAAUAUCAUUGCUGCUCUUUUCCAUAAUCGCUUCCAGCUCAGUCUCACUUCUUCCUCUUACGUCGGAUCUGUCUUUGGCCUUAUGAAUUUGUUUUCUCGUCUGUCAGGAGGACUGUUUGCCGACUAUUUGUUCAGAAAAUGGAAGUUGCCUGGCCGAAUUUUAGCUCAAAUCAUUCUUCUCACUUGCGAAGGUUGCUUCUUGAUCGGCUUCAGCUACAGCCUCGGACGGCUGGACUCAAGUAUAGGCAUGAUGGUGCUAUUCAGCUUCUUUGUGCAAGCAUCUUGUGGCUCGACGUUUGCUCUGGCACCAUAUGUAGAUCCUGAAAACUCGGGCACAGUGAUGGGUAUCAUUGGCGCUGGAGGUUCGCUGGGAGGGCUGUGUUUCAAUUUCUUAUUCAAAAGCUAUGGUCUCGAUUAUCACUCUGCUUUCCUCAUUCUCGGCAUCGUUGCCUUGGUUGCUGGCAUCCCAGGCUCCCUUUUGCUGAGAGUGCAAGGACGCAUGUUGUACAACUUGAGGUCCACUAAAUAAUAUUACUAUCAUUAGCCCAGCUACCUGCAACAUGUAAUCUAUCUCUUACCAUGUAUAAAUAAUUUUGGAACUAAGCCUGCCC